AUGCUGUGGCCUGUACUGCUCAGCCUUGCUAUCAUAGCCCGGGCAUCCAGCAGUGGUGAAGACCAACAUCCGCUCAUCAGCCUCUCCGCGGACAGUGACAAUACCGCAUUGGCGGGUGAGGCCGGUGAGGCUUCAGUCGCACGGUGGAACUGUACCCUUCGAGGCUGGGUCCGGGCGCCUGAUCUCUCGCCUUCGAGCACGCUGCCGGGAGAGGCAAGACUCGCAGCCAACGGGACUGAAUGCGGGGACAUCCAAAGUUGGGCGGUCGGGCUGAGGUUCAAGGAGCGGGCUAUUGUCAAAUUGAGGAACGCAUCCAUCGUUGACUUCCCCACGAGACCUGUACGAAAGCCAUAUAAUGCCAGCGCGGACCAAGCGCGCAUGUCUGUCGAUUAUGAGGACAUCUUCCAGUCCCAGGGCAUGUAUAUCCCGCAUAAACAGGACGAGUAUGACAUCGCCAUGGUGGCUUACAACCUAGCGAUCGCUAAGCCCGAUCUCUGGGUCGUCGAAGGCGUCGAGCGACAGGUCUUUGAUAUCCAAAAGGAUUUGCCUUUCGGACCGAAUGCGUCUGCGGAUGGAGUAGAUCUUGCACAGUCCUUCCACGUGCAUACGCCUGCUACCAACUUCCCACCUAUCGAGGAUACGACCUAUUCCGGCCACCUUCUGAAUGCCGAGUCUCUCUUUGAGUACUACCUGAACGUCACCCUCGCCAACGGCACGAGUAUCGAUGUACCCGCUGGCCGAGCAGGUUUCAUUCCCAUGCCUGUGGACCUUCCUCUUCGGGAAUGGCCCAUCUCAAGGAUAAUGGACUCGCCAAGACUUCAGCAGAAGACAAAGGAAGAGCACGAGUAUGAGUGGAUGAUGAAGGAGCCUGAGCCGCCAAAAUGCGACGCGAAUAGUACAGCUCUCUUUAACCUGACACUAUCAACCGUCCCAAUCAUUACUCCAGGCGAAAACAUUACCCUUCAUCUCACCCUCACGCGCCGAGGAAACGGCUCCGAACACCCCUCCGUCCUCAAUGUCCACUUCGAUACUGAGAAGGAUCUCGACUGGGCACGAUCACGAGCGGACGCAACCGCCUCGGGCUCAUACGACGAACUCCAGUCCGCACGGAGCAAGCAAAAGAGGGGCUCGGCGCGGUACAGGUUUAGCGAUUAUGGUGCGGGCAAGAUGCUCAAGAUCCGGACGAGGAAUCAGCUGGAGACCGAUAGGGACAGGCGGGAGAAGGCGAUGAAUGGAGGGUCUCAGGGAGGAAGCUGGUCUUCUGGUCCACACCGGGGACCGCUUCGGACCGGUGAUGGUCGGUAUGAUUUUGAGAAUGAUGGGGAGGUGGCGGUACGGGAUAAGUACGACUUCACCGUGGACAUCCAGGUUCCCCACAACGUCCUCCCUUCUUUCAACGGUACAUUCCACUCCUUCCAGCCUAGACUUCGCUUCAACCUCCACACGGUGUUCCUGUGCGAUGUACUUCCCGUUCCAGCGCCCCUCAUCGCGCCUGCGGCAGAUGUCAACAUCACCGCGCAGCGAGAUGCCGAGUGGACCGAGGCUGAGCUGCCUGUCCGAGUCAAGCCAAACCGUCCCAGGCGGGACCACUCCGGCCUGACACACACCACCGAGUUCGACGUAGACGUCUCGCUCCCUCUACCUACGGACCUCGUCGGGUCAUUCGUUGCUUAUACGGAUGCCUCAGCACAAAGUCCGUUUAUAUCCCUCAACGACAAUCCGGUCGACCCCGUAUUCCAGCUCCUCAAUCAUACGAUUAUCCCGGAGACGGCCGGGCAGCUCAAGAGCUCGCGGUAUAAUCGAGGAAGGGACUUCGGGCGGUAUAUGCACUGCGAGCCAGGUGUUUGGGGUAGCACGGGCCGUGGGAGGUGUAACAUUGGUGGAGGGAUGGGGCAUGCGGCGAAGCUAUGGCAGGGGAAGGAGAUCUUGGCGGAGCUGAAGAGAGAGGUGGAGCUGGGUGUAAAGGGCAAAGUCGAGCACAUCCCCGAGCCUCAGGGUGAGCGGGAAGAUCCUUGGGGAGGAUUUGACGAAAUCUGGUUCUGA